UUUCACUGUACUGUUCUCUCCAAAACCCUACCGACUAAUACCCUAUGUUUUCUUUCCAAACCCUGCAUUCCCUCUCAGUCUCUCUUCUCAUUUGAUUCGAGGGCCUUCGUCAAGCUCAAACUCGGGUCUUCCAUUUUCUUCACAAGGGAAUCCCUUCAAGGUAGAUUUUUUGUUUUACUUCUUUUUAAGCGGCCUUUUUCUAAUUGCCUGUUGGGUGGCUUUUGUUGGUGAUUCUUUAUUGUUUUUCAUUGUUUGUUUCGAGGGAUUGUUUCUUUCCUUUUACGAUGACCUUGCUUGAUGUAAUAACAAAGGCUUCGGCUAGUACCGGGCCACAUACUUCUCAAGCAGACCACCCCAUAGUUCUAAACACAGAUGAUAUUUUCUUUAACUUAAAGCCUGAAGUUGAAAACCCCAAUCCCACAUCGCUUGUUAAUCCCCUUACUGGAUGGGGAAUCUCUCAAACCGAUGCUAAAUUCAUUGACUUGAGCAAAAAGUUUUAUACAAAGUUAAACAGAAACCUCAAAGACAUCCAUAACUUUAAUAAAGAAGAGUUUAUUGGAAUAUUGAAUCCAUUUCUUGAGAAAAUUAAGGAGAAAGGCAGAAUUUUUAUUGGGGUUGAUCCAAAUGAUACUGGGUAUACUUCUGUUUUGCUUGAGAAAGUUGGGUUUUUGAUUGGUAGAGAUGUUUUAAGUUUGGUUUUGGAAGCUUGUAUUAGUUUGGAAAUUUGGGAAUUGUUAGAGGUGUUGAUUGUUAAUGGCCUUGUUGACCAUUCGUGUUAUCCCAAUUUGGUUGUUAAUAUUGCUGCCAAGAAGCGGUCGGAUUUGCUUUGUCUUUGCGUUAAACAUGCUCGAAAUUUGGGUUCGGUUGAGUUGCUUUGCAUAUUGAAAUAUUUUCUAUGUCCACCUAAAGAUAGUUAUGUUAGUAUGGUUAAUGUGAGGAAGGAUUGGGAGAGUCAAGCUUUGCUGGCUAUUGAAAAGGCCAAACUCGGAAAGAAAUCACCUUUAGCCAAGGAGGCUUCGAUUUUGCUUAUGGUUGCAUACGAUGGGUUUUUAGAUCCUGAGCUUUGUUUGCAUUAUUUGUUAGCUUCGAACAAUGUCGAUGAGGUGAUAUUGUCGUCUUUACUUGGUAAAUUAGUCGGUAAAGAGUUGAUAAAUUUGAUUCGAUACUUGGGGAAAUGGUUGAAAAAGUAUGAGAGGUUUCCUCAAGCCAUUCCAUGUCCAAAGGCAUCUUCUGCUUUAGGCUUAAAGGCCUGUGAUUGGGUUCCCAAGGUCGAAGAUGUUGCGAAAUGUCUCGGGUUUGUCGUGGAUGAGAACUUCUCUUCACUGAUGUUGCAUCCCAAGUUCUGUGAAGAACUCAAAUCUAUUGAGGGAGUGGUUAGUUCCCUAGCAUUUGAAGCAAGAUUCUGUUGUUCGAUGGCAAAUGUAAUCGAGAAGUUGAGAGCUGAAGAUAUUCAGAGCUAGGAAUUACGGUAAUGUUGCAUUGACACACUUUCCCUAUCAUUUGCACUGCUGUGUCUAAUAUAUUUUUGUUAACUAGACUUGUAUUCCUUUUGGAUUGAAUCGAAGUUAUUUUUAUUCUUUUUGUCUGCUCAUAUUUAGAUAUUUGAGUGCUUACGAUUGCUUUGUUA